AUGAAGUAUUUCUUUGGACUCAGCUCCUUGUCUUCUCCUACCAGCCAGAAGUUGGCGGAUAUCGCUACAGUCGCCCUCAUCAGCAUCUUCUCCUUCUCCUUCUUCUUCUUCUUCUUCUUCUCGGUUUCAACUCAGCUUGAAUGGAGAGCACUCACUGCCAGAGAACCAUGA